UGUUACGUCAGAGCGCUACCAACCUGCAACAAGAAGUCGAUACCUCCAUCCACAACUUCACAUCCAGCCCACUUUUGCAAAUUGCAAGGACACGGCGCGAGGUGACCGCUGCACACUGACAAAGAGAGUCUUGCAUCACGCCAAAGUGCUCUCCAAUGUCCUCUCCGAGCGCAACACGCGUCCCUCACAAGCGGAAGACCAAGAAGAAGCACUUCGUGCAGCAGAAAGUGGAAGUGUUCCGAGCAGGGGAGCCCGUGUCCAGCGUGCUCAUGUGGGGGGUCAACCACUCGAUCAACGACCUGAGCCAAGUGCCCGUGCCGGUUAUGCUCCUUCCGGAUGACUUCCGAGCCAACAGCAAAGUCAAAGUCAACCACCACCUCUUCAACAAAGAGAAUCUGCCAGGUCAGUUUAAAUUCAAAGAGUACUGUCCGCAAGUCUUCAGGAACCUGCGUGAGCGCUUUGGCAUUGAGGACCAGGAUUUUCAGGUGUCACUGGCGCGCAGUCCGCCCCUCAAAGACCAGGAGGGAAGAUGCGAAGGCCUGCUGUUGACCUCAUAUGACCGCACUUUGGUGGUCAAAGAAAUCUCAAGCGAGGAGGUGGCCGAGAUGCAUAACUUCCUUUUGGAGUAUCACCAGUAUGUUGUCACCUCUCACGGCUCCACGCUGCUCCCGCAGUUCCUGGCUAUGUACAGAGUCACGGUUGAGAGUGAAGAUACCUACCUGUUGGUCAUGAGGAACAUGUUCAGUCACAGAUUGCAUGUACACAAGAAGUACGACCUCAAGGGCUCCCUGGUGUCUCGAGAAGCAACUUUGAAAGAGAAGGUCAAGGAGCUUCCCACCUAUAAAGACAUGGAUUUUAUGAACAACAUGCAAAAGAUUUACGUGUGUGAUGAAGUGAAGGAGAGUGUCAUGGGCAAGCUUAACAGAGAUAUUGAGUUCCUGGUGCGUAUGAAGAUCAUGGACUACAGCCUCUUGCUGGGUAUCCAUGAUGUGGAGAAGGCUGAGCGGGAGGAGGAGGAGUUAGAGUCGUCCGAUGGCGAAGAAGAGCAAGAUGAAAGCAGCCAUUCUGCGCUUCCAUCCUCCACCUCACCUGAAGGCAUCGCUGGCUACAUGAACUCAUUCAAGCCCAUGGGCCCGGGGGAGUUCGACCCAUACGUGGACGUGUACGCUAUAGAGAGCGCUGUAGGCGCACCGCGGAGGGAAGUGUAUUUCAUGGGUCUGAUUGAUGUGCUGACGCAGUACGACACAAAGAAGAAAGCGGCUCACGCGGCCAAGGCUGUGAAACACGGGGCGGGAGCAGAAAUCUCCACAGUUCAUCCGGAGCAGUAUGGGAAGCGUUUCAAGGAGUUCAUCGCAAAGAUAUUUGCCUAGCAGCACCAAGAUUCAUCAUUUCGCACAUAUUGAAGUGAGUGCGGAUCCUUAAAAAAAAAAAAGAUUUAAAUUAGAUUUUCCUAAAUGAACUAAUUUAAAAAAAAAAAAAAGGCAAUAUUUAAAUCUGCUGUUGAAAGGUGAAAGGCACAUGCAAUCACAAGGCACAGGAAGGAAAACAUUAACACAACAGUCUUGUUACACAACGGUUGUUUUUGUAUCCUGGAAAAAAACAAUCGAAGCACAGGGACAACAUGCAAACUCCAAAAGCUGAAAUUCAAACCCUGAAUCUCAGGUCUGCGAGGCAGGCGUACGGACCACUACGGCACCACGCUGCCGCUCAGUCAAUCAGAAGUCUUCAAUUUGAUUUGCUUCUUUAUACACUACUUGUGUAUGUGCUUACUGUAUGCGUUUGACUCAAUAUUUCCUGAAGAUGAUCCUUAAAUCAAUGCAAGCAGUGUCUGCGGUAUGAUAGUAUUUAUUCCUUUUUAAAUGACUGAUUUUGCACAAUCAAAAUAAAUAUCAGCCUUGUCCCGGGGAUUAUAUUUUAAAAUAUUUAUCAUUGCAUAAUCUAACAUACAAAAAUGUGCCUUUUAAACUGGAGAUAGUUUCAGGGGUUUUCUUAUAUAUACAUUUAAAAAUAAACUUGUUUACCAUU